AUGGCCUCGAUGGUUCUCUUCGAGGCCAACGUUCUCUCCGUCUUGGCCGAGGUUUUGUCAGCGAUUUUCGCCGAGGUGAUGAGCGGUAAGCCGGAGUUCACCGACCAUUUAACUCACCGGCUGAAACACCACCCCGGCCAGAUCGAAGCCGCGGCGAUCAUGGAGCACAUCCUCGACGGAAGCUCCUACAUGAAGCUAGCUAAGAAGCUACACGAGAUGGAUCCGUUACAGAAACCUAAACAAGACCGUUACGCGCUCCGCACGUCACCUCAAUGGCUAGGUCCUCAGAUAGAAGUGAUCCGCUACGCGACAAAAUCCAUCGAGCGUGAGAUAAACUCCGUCAACGACAACCCUUUGAUCGACGUUUCGAGAAACAAAGCCAUCCACGGAGGUAACUUCCAGGGGACACCGAUCGGUGUCUCUAUGGACAACACACGUCUCGCUAUCGCAGCGAUAGGGAAGCUAAUGUUCGCUCAAUUCUCCGAGCUUGUCAACGACUUUUACAACAACGGUCUUCCUUCUAACCUAACCGCUUCGAGAAACCCAAGUUUGGACUACGGUUUCAAAGGAGCUGAGAUCGCUAUGGCUUCCUACUGCUCAGAGCUUCAGUACUUGGCUAAUCCAGUUACAAGCCACGUUCAAUCAGCAGAGCAGCACAACCAAGAUGUAAACUCUUUAGGACUAAUCUCAUCACGCAAGACUUCUGAAGCUGUUGACAUUCUCAAACUCAUGUCGACAACUUUCCUUGUCGGAAUCUGCCAAGCUGUGGAUCUAAGACACUUGGAGGAGAAUCUAAAACAAACUGUUAAGAACACUGUCUCUCAAGUGGCUAAGAAAGUUUUAACCACUGGAGUCAACGGUGAGCUUCACCCAUCUCGCUUCUGCGAGAAAGAUUUACUCAAAGUCGUUGACCGUGAACAAGUCUACACGUACGCGGACGAUCCAUGCAGCGCCACGUACCCGUUGAUCCAGAAGCUAAGGCAAGUUAUCGUUGACCAUGCUUUGGUCAACGGUGAGAGUGAGAAGAACGUUAUGACUUCGAUCUUUCACAAGAUUGGAGAUUUCGAGGAGGAGCUGAAGAUGGUGCUUCCUAAGGAAGUGGAGGCAGCUAGAGCGGCGUAUGAUAACGGGACAUCGGCUAUACCUAACAGGAUCAAGGAGUGUAGGUCGUAUCCUUUGUAUAGGUUCGUGAGGGAAGAGCUUGGAACAGAGCUUUUGACCGGAGAGAAAGUGACGUCGCCUGGAGAAGAGUUUGAUAAGGUUUUCACGGCGAUUUGUGAAGGGAAGAUCAUUGAUCCGUUGAUGGAGUGUCUUAAUGAGUGGAACGGAGCUCCCAUUCCAAUAUGCUAA